AAUCCGACUAUACGUCACGUCAUCUGUUUCUCUUCGAUCAUGGCGGAGUGUAGGGAAAGCCCCGAGUACAGCUCACCUCCGAAGCGGCUCAAGCUCGAUUUAACCGCAGAUGAAAACUCUAGCUUGGGUGCGGAGGUGUUGGCAUGUAGCGACUCCGGCUUCAGCGACUUCCCUACGAGUUCUGCCUCAACUACCACCGAAGAAACCAACCAGGUCAGCAGCCACAGACUGACCCAUCCUGACCCUGAUCAGACCCGAGAUGAAGCAAUGGAUAAUGAAGGAGAGGAGAAUGGUGAUGAGGACGAUGACAACGCGUCAACCGUCAGUGAUCUAUCUGAUCUCAGCGGACUCUCGGACUUAAGUGAUCAAAAAUGGAGACCAAAGAUGGCUGGCACUAUGGCUUGGGUGCAGAAACAGAUCAAUCAGGGUAUUGAUCCCAGGGAGGUCCUCAACAAAAUGGGAAACCUGUCAAGCCACAUUCCCGUUUCCCUGGAUGACACAACCUUGUGGAAAAUAAUUGUUAGUGUACUUUCGGAACCGCCUAGGAGAGAGAAAUUGAGCCACAUUAACACAAUAAGUGAUGUGGUUAGACUUCUUAAGGAGGCAAAAAAUAUCAUCGUACUCACUGGUGCAGGGGUUUCGGUUUCAUGUGGAAUCCCAGACUUCAGAAGUCGUGAUGGAAUCUACUCCCGUUUGGCUAUCGAUUUUCCAGACUUGCCCGACCCUCAAGCCAUGUUUGACAUCAACUAUUUUCGACAAGAUCCUAGACCGUUUUACAAGUUUGCUAGAGAGAUUUAUCCUGGGCAAUUCAAGCCUUCGCCCUGUCACCGAUUUAUCAAAAGACUUGAAGCUAGCAGCAAGCUGCUGAGAAACUACACACAGAAUAUCGACACGUUGGAGCAGGUGGCCGGCAUUGAGAAUGUGAUUGAGUGUCAUGGCUCCUUUGCCACGGCCUCUUGCACGAGAUGCAAAUCCAAAGUAACUUCGGAGAGCAUUAGAAGUAACAUUCUUGAGCAGAAGAUCCCAUACUGUGUCAAGUGCUAUGAACUCUCUAGAAAUCUGAGCAGCAAGGGUCCUGAUAGCCUAAGUGAUUUGUACUCGCAAGGAAUUAUGAAGCCAGACAUUGUAUUCUUUGGCGAGGGCCUUCCAGACGCCUUCCACGAAGCUAUGGCCAAAGACAAGGACAAGUGCGACCUGUUGAUAGUGGUCGGCUCGUCGCUUAAAGUGCGACCUGUUGCACUUAUUCCUAGUUCCAUCCCUGCUGAAGUACCACAGAUUUUGAUUAAUCGUGAGCCUCUCCCGCACCUUAGCUUUGAUGUUGAGCUUCUCGGUGACUGCGACGUGAUCGUCAACCAACUUUGUCACUUAAUGGACGAUGAGUGGCGGUCACAAUGUUGGCUGAACCCUUUAAACGAAGUUAUGGAACUUGAGGAAAAAACGGAGAUUGUAAGCAAGUGGGUCGACCGAGAGGAUUUUGCCCUUCCGGGCACCAGUUCUGAAAACAAAGCUGAAGAAAUCGUACAGCCUGUGCUUAAGGAUAGGCAUUUUUCUACUGACAGCAUGCUCUCUGCAGGAGAUAGUGGCAUUAGUGGAGGGACCAGUUCUGAUUCUCCAACCUGCAGUGAAUUUAGCAGUGGUCGUGACUCAAGGCAGUGCUCUACUGAGAGCAUGAGGUCUGUUAGUUGUGAUGAAGCACCACAGUCACCUUCCCGCCACAUGUCUGUGGACAGCAUGGGCUCACCACCAGCAGUUCCCUCUACUUCGACCCAGGUGGAUGACCUGGACGGAGCUCGCUGGCAACCUAAAACACGAGAAAGUCUAGCAGAGAGGCUAGCAGAUAAUACCUACUAUUAUAAUGAACCCAAUCGAUAUAUUUUCCCCGGAGCUGAAGUUUAUCUGGAACCAGACUAUGACUCGUACUCGUCAUCAGGUUCUUCAGGUGGUAGCGAGUCUGACGAUGAAGCGGAAGAUGAGAAAACUGAAAGCCAACCCCUGGCAGCAGCACCUCUCCCUUAACCUCAUGUGCAUCCCUAAUUAUAACUUAACCCAAUUCUUCAAAUAUGCAUUUCACAAUCAAAUUAAGCCUCUUAAAUAUCAAAAUCUCAUAAAUAGCUUUCAGAUAAUAGAAAAAAUAUGAAUCUCUCCACCCUCAAGCACUGAUUGCGCUCCUUUGUGUUGUCACUGGUUGACAGAAUCUAGACUGUACAUAAAAUAUUAAUAUAUAUGAUGGAAAAUAUUUAAUUCACGGCAGAACUAGUGGGUUAGGUGUUGGGUGUUUUUGUUUAGUUAACAUAACAGUGUACUGUGUAGUUGCCAUUAGUGUGGGGUGUGAGAGAGAAUACUGUAAAUAGGGAACAAGAAAUGGAGUGCAAAUCUGAUAAAAAGAUUAAUUGGGGUUAGAAUUAUAGACAAGUGGAUCAAAAAAAUCUCGUUAAAUAAAAGCAUGUCUGCUUUGCACUCUUUUUUUUUCAAA